AUGUUUACUAUGGAAGAGCAGCCCUCCUUUCCGAAGAAAAUUCGUCCGUGUUGUCUCUACAAAUAUCCGGAAUGGGUCCAAGGAAUGGCUGGAGAGGGGAAAGCGCCGCACCCUCUGCAAGCGUCUCACACUUUUCCUGCUGCAGUCUCAGGCUUGAGUUCUACAACAACUAGUGGUAAACCGCUAUUCCCCACCAGUGUGAGAGAUAAACAAAGAGCCUCUAUUGCCGCUCAUCUGCAAACAUGCGUAACGCCAAUGCAGCUUGAUCCAGCAUCUUUAAAGAAUGCAAGACGACGUGGUAGCAAAGCUGCUAAAACUCAAGGAUGGACUGUUGCUACGAACUCACUGCUAAAACAAGCCAUUGCAAAUCGUUUAAAACCUGAAAUAGUGGCUGAUAAGGACCAAUUAUGUAGAAGGAUUUCCGCAGAUAGUAGAGAGAGUAUUGCUGAAACUAUGAUUGAAUUGAAAAGGUCAGGCAAGAGAGCAACUAGCGACCUAACGAGUAGACAAAAAACUAAUGAGGACGAGCUGUCAAACUCUCCAUUCUUAAAGAGCGAAUCUGGUAAGACAGUAUUGAAGGCAAGAGUGUUCUCAGAUGAAAUGGAAGAAGAAAACAUUAGGACUUACAUGAAAUUCGAUCAAUUCAUCAUUUCGGGACUGACCCAGAGCGCGGACAAUACGCGCGAGAUCCAAAUACCUCAUACAAGAGUUAUGUUCCCAACGUCUGACGACGAAAACUUGAGACAACACCAGAAUGACACCAUGAAUACCUCGAAGCCAAAGAACGAUCUAAUACAACAUAAAGCUCAGAACCGUCAAAACGAGGCAGGAGGUAGCAGAAAUGAUAAUGAAAUGGAGCCCACCCCCUCGUUAAAGUUCGUAAACAUAUGUAAUCUUCCGGAAGAACACCUCCGAAAUAUUUCAAAAUAUGCGGGGUUUACAACGCCCGAUAGAGUGCCUUUUAUCAAAGAUUUAUCAUUUGACGUACUGCCUACAACUACAUCCGUAUCACAAGCUGAUCUGUUUCUUAAAUCUAUCAACUUAGAUGCGAUUGCUGCAGCACACAGCUCUACAUUUUCUCUUCAAGAAAAUGUAUUCACAAAUGCUGAAGACGAGGGCAUGAGGAAUUUCUGGCCUUCCAAAUCUCCAAAUACAGAACUCACGUCUCAUAAAAGCGUCACAUUCAGUGAUCGAGUUCAGCUGCAUGAAAUUGAAUCCAGUGACUUUGACGUCAACGAGAAUGACACGACAAAAAACGAAGAAGACGGACGAGGAUCAAGGGAAGUUUUGUGUUGUGGUUUGAAAGAGGAGUUCACAUUUGAUGAAGGAAAGCAAAGAUGUAAUGAGCGCCAGGAAGAGGACGAACAACUGUGUACUAGAGAGCAAAAAAUAAAGAACUUGAGCAACCAUUCAGUGCAAAACGUUCUUUAUAAAACGGAAGAUUUUUCGCAAAGUAAUAAAGAUCCUCUCAACUCACGCUUGAGAUACUCUCCCUGUGCUUUUCUUGAAGACUAUAGUACUCCACGACACGGUACAACCUCAUUAGACCAAUGUUUAGCAACUUCCGACCGAGUUGUUAUGUAUGGAUUACACGAUAAUCAAAUAGUCGGACCAAUAAAGAUAUCUAACACUCAUGAUCCACAGUGCUUAGCCCAUUUUGAUAAUAUCAGUGGUGACAAGUUCCUCGAACAGCGUCACCUGGUAGAGGGGAAUCAAAACCAUUACGAAUAUGUUGUGGUGAAAACCAAAGCGUUGCCUGAGUUUCGUGAAUCAAUAAGGACAGGACCUACUUUCGUUACGCAAGCACAUGGAAUUAAAGAGAAUAACGAUCAAGAGAGAGCGAAAGAGAUGCGCAAACAGUUCCUCACAUGUUUUAGAAAACACUCUCGAGUCCCGGUAGCUGAAGAAGACCCACUUGAUCCAAUACAUACGAUAGGAUCAUUAGAAUCAGUAUCAUCUUCUGAUUCUCGGGAAUCUGUGGUCUCAUCAGUAUCCAUAAGAAAGGAAGCUGCUACGCACAGGAAUUUUAUCUACUGA